AAAAACGCUAAAAACCAAUAAGCACACAAGUCCUCGGCAUACAUAGCACUAGCCUAGUUCUAAAAGGCCGUCUUCUCCCAACAAUCAAACUAUCGAAUCCUCAUCAUCAGAUCCAUCGCCAUGAAAAUGGCGAUUCUUAGGGUUCUUACUUCUCUGCUGCUUCUCUUCUCCUCUUUCAACUUCUCUCACUCUCUCUACGAAGAUCAAGUCGGCCUCAUGGACUGGCAUCAACAGUAUAUAGGGAAAGUGAAGCAAGCAGUGUUCCAGACUCAAAAAGCGGGUCGAAAGCGGGUUAUUGUGUCCACUGAUGAGAAUGUUGUCGCCUCUCUCGAUCUCCGUCGCGGCGAGAUCUUUUGGAGGAAGGUUUUGGGAGCCAAAGAUUCCGUUGAUGAGAUUGCCCUGGCUCUCGGAAAAUAUGUUAUUACACUGUCAUCAGAGGGAAGUGUUUUAAGAGCCUGGAACCUUCCUGACGGGCUCAUGGUUUGGGAAUCUUUUCUUACAGGAUCAGAGUCUUCAAAGCCAUUGUUGCUGGUUCCUGAAACUUUGAAAGUCGACAAGGAUAGUGUAAUACUUGUUUAUGGUUGUGGAUCUCUCCAUGCCAUUUCGAGCAUAGAUGGAGAAGUUUUAUGGAGCAAAGACUUGGCAACUGAAGGCAUAUUGGUUCAACAAUUAAUUUAUAAUGACGAAAAUGAUUUUGUAUAUGCUGUGGGAUUUGAUGGCGUCUCCAAAUUUCAUUUAUAUCAAAUUAAUGCCAAGAAUGGCGAGUUGCUGAAACACAAUAGUGCCGCAUAUCCUGGUGGCUUUUCUGGGGAGAUGCUGUUAGUCACAAAAGACAGACUUGUUACACUAGAUUCUAGUAGAUCAACCGUGGUAGCAAUAGAAAUUAGUGAAGAAAAGAUUGUUUUUGAACCGACACAAGUUUCAGAUCUUCAGGAUGUUUCUGGUACUGCAGUUUUACUGCCUGCUAAACUUGCAGGGAUAUUUGCUGUCAAAGUGAAUACAGUUAUUCUUUUUGUGAAAGUGACUAAUUUUGGAAAGUUGGAGCUAGUGGAUAAACUUGAUCACACAGUAGCUGUGAGUGAUGCCUUGUCAUUUUCAGAAGGACAACAGGCUUUUGCUCUGGUGCAACAUGAAGGUAGUAAGAUUGACCUCACCAUAAAGCUUAAUAAUGAUUGGAGUAGCAACUUGCUCAAAGAAAGCAUAAACAUGGACCAAGACAGGGGUGUGGUGCAGAAAAUGUUUAUCAAUAACUAUAUCCGGACAGAUAGGUCAUAUGGCUUCAGAGCUUUGCUUGUUAUGGAAGAUCAUUCACUUUUAUUAGUACAACAAGGUGAAAUUGUCUGGAGUAGGGAGGAUUCACUUGCUUCAGUCAUAGAUGUGACGACAUCAGAGUUACCUGUAGAAAAGGAUGGUGUAUCAGUAGCGAAAGUGGAGCAUAGCCUAUUUGAUUGGCUUCAGGGUCACUUGCUGAAGCUUAAAGGUACCCUAAUGCUUGCUACUCCCGAUGAAGUUGUAGCUAUUCAAAAAAUGAGGUUACAAAGCUCAGAAAAGAGCAAAAUGACUCGAGAUCAUAAUGGGUUUCGAAAGCUGUUGAUAGUACUUACUCGAGCAGGGAAAGUUUUUGCUUUGCACACUGGAGAUGGAAGAAUAAUCUGGUCUCAACUGUUGCAUACUCUUCGUAAAACAGGAUCAUGUGAAUCUCCAUCCGGGCUUAAGUUACUCCAAUGGCAGGUACCUCAUCACCAUGCCAUGGACGAGAAUCCAUCUGUUCUUGUCACCGGCAGAUGUGGAGUUACAUCAGAUUCCCCUGGUGUUCUUUCUAUUGUUGAUGCAUACUCGGGAAAAGAGGUUAACAGUUUCAGUUCCAUUCAUUCCAUAGUACAAGUUAUACCAUUGCCAUAUACCGAUUCAAAGGAACGACGUCUGCACUUACUGAUUGAUGAUGUAAAACGUGCUCACUUGUACCCCCAGACUUCUGAGGCAGUUGAAAUUUUCAAAAGUGAGUUUACAAACAUAUAUUGGUACUCAGUUGAAGAGAAUAACGGCAUUCUACGGGGCCAUGCAGUGAAGAGCAAUUGCAUUCUUGAUGUAGCAGAUGAAUACUGUUUUGAAACCAGGGAUUUAUGGUCCGUUGUGUUCCCCUCAGAGUCGGAAAAGAUUAUUACAACCGUGACACGAAAACUUAACGAGGUGGUUCAUACUCAAGCAAAGGUUAUAGCAGACGAAGAUGUGAUGUUUAAGUAUAUAUCAAAGAAUAUACUUUUUGUGGCUACUGUUUCACCUAAAGCUACUGGUGAAAUUGGCUCAGUGACCCCAGAGGAAUCUUCUCUUGUUGUCUAUCUUAUUGACACUAUAACUGGUCGUAUACUGCACCGCAUGACUCAUCAUGGUUCACAAGGUCCUGUGCAUGCUGUCCUAAGUGAGAAUUGGGUUGUCUACCACUAUUUUAAUCUAAGAGCGCACAGAUAUGAGAUGUCUGUCAUUGAGAUCUAUGACCAGUCUCGAGCGGAUAACAAAGAUGUUUUAAAGCUUGUAUUUGGGAAGCACAAUCUUACUUCGCCCAUUUCUUCUUAUUCACGUCCGGAUGUUGUGACAAAGUCCCAGUCUUACUUUUUCACGCAUUCUGUGAAAACAAUAGCCGUUACAUCAACAGCUAAGGGCAUAACAUCACGGCAGCUACUUGUUGGCACAAUUGGGGAUCAGGUCUUGGCACUUGAUAAGCGGUUUCUGGAUCCUAGGCGAUCACUUAAUCCUACUGCAGCUGAGAAAGAGGAAGGAAUCAUACCUUUAACUGAUUCGUUGCCAAUUCUUCCACAGUCUUAUGUGACACAUGCCCUUAAAGUAGAAAACCUUAGGGGCAUAGAAGUUAUACCUGCAAAGCUGGAAUCCACCACUCUCAUCUUCGCAUAUGGUGUGGAUCUCUUUUUCACCCGACUGGCACCCUCAAGAACAUAUGAUUCACUUACGGAAGAUUUCAGCUAUGCCCUACUUCUAAUAACAAUUGUAGCACUUGUUGUGGCAAUCUUUGUGACAUGGAUUUUAUCAGAGAGAAAGGAAUUGCAAGAGAAAUGGAGGUGAUCAGGCUGUUUACGCAAGCUAUCCAAAAACUUUUCACCAUUUAGUUAUUUUUCAUUUUCUAGUAUAAAUUGUUAUAUGUAACUUCUUGUAAUUUUAGUUUUACGGUCUAAUGCCACUUUUGUAGUGUUCUUAAAGAAAUCAUAAUUUGAUGUUGUAAACUUGGAAGCACAGCAAGAGAAGAUUUUAUGAACAGUUUUGACAUUAACAAGGUUUUCAAAAUUGCCUGCAA